AUGUCCUCCUCCUCCUCUACCUCAGCCUCGAGCACAAAUAGUUCUAGUUCCCAAGGCAGCUCCAAAAGCAAAUGGGACACUGAGUACAUUGAUAUCCCCAGAGAGAAAGGGCUACCUCUGAGAUUCAUCGCAUAUGCCGCAGGAGCCUCGCUCCCCACCACAAUGAAGAAGAUGACGAGAAAGGAGAAGAAGGGCGGAGAGGGUGCCUCCAGAUGGGACUUUCUUGGUCGUGACACGCAGCUUUUCUGGGUCGUCCAGCCUGAGGACCGUCAGAGGCGCGGUCGGAGCAGAAAUCCUCGUGAGCGAAACAGGCAGAAGAGUACAUCGACUGCAUCGUCCCCGGCAUCGUCACCUGAAAUCAAUGUUGCCCCAGGGCAAUUUGGAGAGCCGGCGGGCUAUUUCCCCCAUCCAACAGCUUCAGGAGCUGCAGGUGUCCCAAUGGUUCCUCCAGGACAUGGUCCUCCAAGAGGUUCUGGUUUUUCGUUUGGGUUCCCCCCCGGAACCAAUUUCCCUGGAGGCCCUCUGCCACCUUUCGGACGGAAUUAA